GUUUCUCCAUGCAUUGCUUCUUGUUUCUUUAACAAACAUCCACUAAUUCUUUUGCCAAUUUCAAGGAAAGCAUGUAUAUCGUGAGUCUACUUUCAUCUAUUUAACAGCAAAAGCGCCUUUAUUACAUCACCAAGAGUUGCAAAAUAAAUGGAUGCGUGUAAGACUUCAAACGCAGACUCCGAUGGUGGAUUAAAGAACUAUCAUUUGACUUUUCAAAGGGCCAUAAGGGGUUUUGUAUGCUUGGCUGUUUAUCUUUCGACUGCCUUUGUAUUUAUCGUUUUUUUAGGCACUCCUGCUGCAGUUUUUCCCCGAUUUUUCAGCAUACAUUAUAGCAGAAAGGCAUUGUCUUUCUUUUAUGGGAUUUGGCUAUCUUUAUGGCCAUUCUUAUUUGAAAAGAUCAACAAAACUAAAGUUGUUUUCUCUGGAGAAACUGUUCCAGAAAAGGAACGUGUUCUUGUUAUUGCUAACCACAAAACGGAAGUUGAUUGGAUGUAUCUUUGGGAUCUUGCAUUGAGAAAGGGAUCCAUAAGUUGCAUCAGAUAUGUACUUAAAAGCAGCUUGUUGAAAUUACCUUUAUUUGGUUGGGCAUUGCAUAUUUUGGAGUAUAUUUCAGUUGAAAGAAAAUGGGAAGUUGAUGAAAGUAACAUGCAAAAGAUGUUGUCAACUUUUACAAAUCAUUCAGAUCCAUUGUGGCUUGCUGUUUUUCCCGAAGGAACUGAUUUCACAGAGCAAAAAUGCACAAAAAGCCAAAAAUUUGCUGCUGAAAAUGGGUUGCCUAUUCUCAAGAAUGUGUUGCUUCCUAAAACAAGAGGUUUUCAUGCUUGUUUGGAAAUCUUGAGGGGGUCUUUGGAUGCAGUAUAUGACGUGACGAUAGCGUACAAAAACCGGUGUCCCACCUUCUUGGACAACGUUUUUGGAGUAGAACCAUCUGAAGUUCAUAUCCAUGUCCGACGCAUCCCCCUAGACGAUAUCCCGACUUCACAAAAGGAGUCCAAUGCAUGGCUAUUACAGUCAUUUCAACUCAAAGACCAAUUACUAUCCGAUUUCAUUACACGUGGUCAUUUUGAAAACGAAGGAACCGAACAAGAGCUCUCAACAAUAAAAUGUGUGAUAAAUUGCAUAAUUGUUAUAGGGACUACUUGUUUGUUUACAUAUCUUACAUUUUUCUCAUCAUUUUGGUUCAAAAUAUACAUUGGUGUAACAUGUGCAUACCUUACUUUUGCUACGACUUCUGGCUUUCGUCCUUCUCCGGUUAGUGAAUAUGUGAAAUUGUUUGCAUAUGGAAAGAAGUUGAUUUAAGGAAAUCCAUCAAUUAAGUUUUUACAUGUUAAAACUUAUAUAUUGUUUUUGGUUGGUGAAUUCAACUGCUUUUAGUCGAUUCGAUUUUUAUAGUUCUUUUUUAUUGGAUAGUGAUUCGUACAAAAUAAUUUUUUUUGUAUAUAAUAAUUUAUGUUUUAUAGAUUUGUACAAUACC